AUGCCGCUUGUUCCAGGCAGGCCCCCAGGGCUGCCUCAGUCGUCGCAGCUGGGCAGCCCACUCCGCAUCGCGGCGGCGUCUCGGAUCGCGCGUGUCCAGCUUGCUAGCAGCUUCUCAAGCAAGCCUCGCUUGCCGCUCCCGGCAUGCUCCGCGGGGCUGAGCGCCGCAGAGGACCCAUCUUCCGACUUGGAGCCGGUGACAGGGCCCUUACCCAAGAUGCUCCGGGCACUCAUUUGCAUGUCCCAGCAAGAGGCGAACUCGACAAGUUUCGCGGUCUAG